UUUCAAGAUUAGGUUUUCUUCUCUGUCUGCUGCCUUACUACUUAGGUGCGGCUAGGGUUUUUCCUACAACACUCUACCCAGUUGCAAAUGGGAUAUAGAUGCUAGAGGCUACCACCAACUUCUCAGUAGCCAGCACUUGAUCAUCCUCACGAUGGUGUGUCUGUCAUUGUAAUAGGGUUUCUGGGGAUUUCGAUUUCUGGGGUGUGCUUCUUUCAGCAUCUUGGCAGAAAAAAUGGCGACCAUGAACCCUUUUGAUUUGUUGGGUGGUGAUGACUCUGGUGACCUGACGCAGCUCAUAGCUUCUGCUCAGCAGCAGCAGGUUGUUAAGGCCGAACCCACGAAGAAGACAGCUCAGCCGCCGGCUGCAAAGCUACCCAGCAAGCCACUGCCGCCGGCACAAUCAGUAAGGGAAUCAAGGAAUGAAUCCAGCGGAGGAAGGGGUGGUGGUCGUUCUGGUGGUCGUGGCUAUGCCCGUGGUCGUGGGGGGUUUAAUCGAGACACGAACAAUAAUGGAAAUGGUUACGGUAAUGGUUAUUCUGGUGGUUAUGGUGCACUGGAUGAUGGAGAAGUUGAGAAGCAAUCAGAAAGAAGUCGAGGCGGAUUUGGUGGGCCACGUGGCUCAUUCCGUGGUGGUCGUCGUGGAGGUUUUGCUAAUGGUGUCGGGGAAGGUGGUCGCCCACGAAGACAAUUUGAUCGUCAUAGUGGCACUGGACGCGGAAACGAGUUUAAACGUGAGGGAACUGGCCGUGGAAAUUGGGGAGCUCCAACUGAUGAAGGAUUUGUUCAGGAAGGCGAGGAGCUUGUUAACGACAACGAGAAGAAGUUUACUCCUGAAAAACAACCUGAUGGGGAGGAGCUGGCAGGAGAGGACAGGCAGACUACCCCGGAGGAGCCAGAAGAAAAAGAACUUGAGGACAAGGAGAUGACCUUGGAAGAGUAUCAGAAGGUGCUUGAGGAGAAGAGGAAAAUUUUGCUGGGGCUUAAACAUGAAGAGAGAAAAGUGGAUUUAGAUAAGGAACUUCAAUCAAUGCAGCAACUUUCAGUGAAGAAGGACAACGAUGAUGUUUUCAUCCAACUGCGUUCUGACAGGGACCUGGCAAGGCGCAAAGAGAUUACUGAAAAGGAUGAAAAGGUUAAAAAGUCUUUUCCCAUCAAUGAGUUCUUGAAGCCUGCCGAAGGGGAGAGAUACUAUGGCCCCCGAGGACGUGGGCGUGGUCGGGGACGUGGUGACCGUGGUGGCUUUAGGAGUGGCUUUGCACCAGGUGAGGUGAAUAGUAUGGCAGCUCCUGCUAUCCAGGACCCUGGUCAAUUUCCUACUCUUGGUGGCAAGUAAGCAUCUGCAGGCAGCACUUCUUUCAGCACCCUUGUUUUCCUUUUUUUUCUCCAUAGUUUUGGACCAGCAGAAUGAGUGCAAGAUUUUGAGUAAACGGAAAGAAGAAAAAGGAAAUUUUUAUUUAUUGUAUUUUGAAUGACGAAUGUUUUCUUCCCUGUUCAUUUCUAGAAAUGUACAACUAGGUGAUACUUUCAUUUUGCAUGUUCUUUCUAGAGUUGUACAAUGAGGUAUCUGAACUGCAGACAAUUUCUUUUACCUUCUUUCCUGUUUUGAAGAAACAUAUUCGUGCUGUC